CGGCGGCGGGGCCGGGACCGGAGGGGGGGGGAGGGAACGGAACCGAGCUGGGCCUCAACGGAGGGGGGAGUUUGGGCAGCACCGGGCAGCGCUGAGGGGGCCCGGAGGGCAGCGAGAUGGCGGAGACGAUCAUCAUCCGCGUGCAGUCGCCAGAAGGGGUGAAGCGCAUCACGGCCACCAAGCGCGAGACCGUGGCCACGUUCCUCAAGAAGGUUGCAAAAGAAUUUGGUUUCAGGAAUAAUGGGUUUUCUGUCUACACCAAUAGAAACAGGACAGGAGAGAUCACAGCGUCACAAAACAAAUCCCUCAACUUACUGAAAAUCAAGCAUGGCGAUAUGCUGUUUCUCUACCCCUCGAGCCCAGCGGGCUCUUCCUCAGAGACCAUGGACACCUCUGCCUCCCAAAGCUUGCGGCCUGCAGGGGCCCCCCAGGUGGUGGAAGAUGACAUCGACCAGUAUCUGAUCAAACAGGACGGGAAGAUUUACCGCAAUCGAGACCAGCAGCUGUGUCGCCACGGCCCCCUGGGUAAAUGCGUGCACUGUGUACCGCUAGAGCCUUUCGAUGAGGAUUAUUUAAACCAUCUGGAACCUCCUGUGAAGCAUAUGUCGUUCCAUGCCUACAUCAGGAAGCUGACCGGAGGGGCGGACAAGGGGAAAUUUGUUGCCCUGGAAAACAUCAGCUGCAAGAUCAAAUCGGGCUGUGAAGGGCACCCUCCUUGGCCUGAAGGCAUCUGUACAAAGUGUCAGCCAAGUGCCAUCACUCUCAAUAGACAGAAAUACAGGCAUGUUGACAACAUCAUGUUUGAGAACCACACAAUUGCAGAUCGCUUCCUAGACUUCUGGCGGAAGACAGGAAACCAACAUCUUGGGUAUUUGUAUGGCCGGUACACAGAGCACAAAGACAUCCCUCUGGGGAUCCGGGCGGAGGUCGCUGCCAUCUACGAACCCCCACAGAUUGGUACACAGAACAGCCUGGAGAUCCUGGAAGAUCCAAAAGCAGAGGUUGUGGAUGAGAUUGCUGCCAAGCUUGGACUGAGAAAGGUUGGCUGGAUAUUUACUGAUCUGGUCUCUGAAGACACACGGAAAGGGACUGUUCGAUACAGCAGGAACAAGGACACGUAUUAUCUAAGUGCAGAAGAGUGCAUCACAGCUGGAAACUUUCAGAACCAGCAGCCCAACAUCUGUCGCCUUUCUCCAGAUGGUCAUUUUGGAUCCAAGUUUGUCACAGUUGUGGCUACAGGUGGUCCCGACAACCAGGUUCACUUCGAGGGGUACCAGGUCUCCAACCAGUGCAUGGCGCUGGUUCGGGAUGAGUGUCUGCUGCCCUGCCGAGAUGCACCGGAGCUGGGCUACGCUAAGGAGUCCAGCAGCGAGCAGUAUGUGCCUGAUGUGUUCUAUAAGGACAUAGACAAGUUCGGCAACGAGAUCACCCAGCUGGCUCGCCCGCUCCCAGUCGAGUACCUGAUCAUAGAUAUCACCACGACUUUCCCCAAGGAUCCAGUCUACACUUUUUCUAUUUCCCAAAACCCGUUUCCCAUCGAGAACCGCGACGUGCUGGGAGAAACUCAGGACUUCCACAGCUUGGCCACGUACCUGUCCCAGAACACUUCCUCCGUUUUCCUAGACAUCAUUUCCGAUUUCCAUCUGCUCCUCUUCCUGGUCACGAACGAGGUCAUGCCUCUGCGGGACAGCAUCAGCUUGUUGCUGGAAGCCGUGAGAACCAAGAACGAGGAGCUCGCGCAGACCUGGAAGAAAUCGGAGCAGUGGGCCACCAUCGAGCAGCUCUGCAGCACAGUCGGCGUCCAGCUCCCCGGACUGCACGAGUACGGUGCCGUGGGCGGCUCGACGCACGCCGUCUCGGCGGCCAUGUGGGCCUGCCAGCACUGCACCUUCAUGAACCAGCCGGGCACGGACCACUGUGAGAUGUGCAGCCUGCCCCGCACCUAGCCCCGGCGGCGCGGCGGCAGCCUCCAAUACAGAGCCAACCCUCCAGCAGCAGCAGCAGCAGCAGCAGUGGUGCUCACCCCUUCCCCGGCCUCCCCCUUCCCUGCUUCCCGCAGCCCCCGGGGCCGGGAGCCGGCCAGGGGAGGGGGCGGCUCUGGCCAUGCUCCCCCCUCGCUUUUUGGGGGCAGCCCUGUCCCUGUGGCUCCUGUAGGAACCCUCACCCCACGGGGCCGGGCUCUCCGGUGUCCCCUGGUGCAGCUUUGGCCUGUUCCUGGUGAGCCCCAGGACCCCUCCAGGGCCC